AUGCGCACAACCCUGCGCAGGUCCUGCAACGCAUGCGCAAAGGCGAAGCUUGGCUGUGAUCUCCGAGUUCCGCAGUGCUCUCGAUGCCUCAAGCGCAAGUCCAAGUGCGUUUAUGCCAACUCGCCUCUGAAUACGCCCCUGGACGCAACGGGGCCAUUAGCAGAGACGACGGGGCACAGCUCGGAGAUGGUAUCGCGACCCUCGGAAAACCCGGGAUUGUUGAUAAAUCCGGCGACAGCGUCCUUUGAUCCCUUUGACUCAUACCCGUCGACAAGACUCCCUCGACUGCAUGUGCAACGCCUCAUCCACCGGUUUCUUUCCAGCAUUGCGUUCCAAUAUUAUCCCUUGGAUCUCAAUAUAGAGUCAAAUCCAUUCAUUGUUUCCUGGUGGCCGCUUGCCCUCGCAGAUCAAGCGUUAUUCCAUGUUUCAUUACAGACAGCCUCUCUUUAUGAGGAGCUGCAGGCGCAAAAGGGAUUUCCAAUAUCCGACCUCCUCAUGGUGGACUCGAUUGCGUUAGUCAGAAGAAGGAUCGAAAACUCGUCAUUGGCGUUUCAAGACGAGACCAUUGACUCUGUGGUGACCUUGGCGGCCAUUGAGCAUGGCAAGGGAAACAUCGAAGCCAGCAAAACGCAUAUCGAUGGAGUCAAGAGGAUGGUCAUCUUCAGAGGUGGAAUCAAUGAAGUAAAGCGUAAAAGUCCGCUGACGGCGCGUAUGGUGUCAUGGGUAUCUAUGCUGGUAAUGGGAGCUCCUCAAUUCCCAGCCAAGGAUGACUUUGGCGACGGAGAUGGUAUCAGUCCAAUACCGCAGUGGCAACUUGCUUCAACCGACGCAGAAACGACGGGAGGGAUCUUUGACGAUUUAAAUAUAAACCCGGCCCUGGGCAGCAUUUUAUCACGUCUAAAACCCAUCUUUCAGGACCCACGGCAUUCGAAUCUCACAAAUACAGCACUGCAUGAUCUGACGUGUUAUGUCAUACACAGGCUGCUGUUGCUGCCUCCACUCAUAGAUGGGAAUCCGAUGCAGUCAGCUGCUUCAGAGUGCCUUCGAUAUGCGGCGGCCCUCUAUAUGCUAAUCAUACACGGCACCACAUACUAUUCCCACGCCGGAUUGGCACACAUCAUAAUCCUUCAACUACGGUACCAUCUAAUGGUCUUGGCUGGAACUAGCUACAUGCAUGAGCCACACAUAAUCUGGGCUCUUUCUGUUGGCAUGGUGUCGACGAUGGGGGGAGAGGGCCAUCAGUGGUUCUUGAAUGAAACCACUGCGGCUGCAGAAACCCUCGACCUCGAGACUUGGGAGCAUGUGCUCAUGCGGCUGCAGAGCAUACUUUGGAUAAGAGUGCCACAGGAAGACCUUUUUCACCAGACGUGGAAUGAAGUAUUUGAGGCUGCUGCGAAACGCAGGCAACAAGUUUCUCUGCUUGCAUCGCAAUCACCCAAUUAGGCAAUAGACCUUGUUCAAUACCCUUGA